AUGGCUAAACUAGUGGAAGACAAAUGCAAUGCCGCCAGACCUCGUCACUGGACCAAUCCUCCAUUCCGUCCAUCACCUCCACAAACAACACCAACUCCACCAACAAACAAACCUCCUCUAAUUCCCAUCAAACGCCUCACCCCAGCUAAGAUGUCACCGUUGUCAACACCACAGUUUCUCUGCUUGAUGGUUGAAAAAGACACUAACGAGAAUGACUUUCCAUCUACACCGCCACCCGACGACCCUGCUACAUCACCACCUCCACCAAAAAACCACGAACCAGUGGAACUUCCCAAGAUAUCAUUUCAUGCUCUCACCGGCCAACUCGUUCCAGUGAUUCUCAAGCUGGCCAACAAGUUACACUGA